UUGUAAACAAAACAAACGGUGUGUUGAAAAUCACAUUUCCUGAAAAUUCACAAUUAAUAUUCCUACAAAAAGAUGAACCUUCUGCCGAAGAGCCACAAAGAGUUCGGUGAGAAAGAUUACUGGAAUCAGUUUUUCAAAAAACGCGGCAACAAAGCAUUUGAGUGGUACGGUGAAUACCUAGAGCUCUGUUCACACCUACACAAGUAUAUAAAACAGAAAGACGCAGUCCUUAUACCAGGUUGCGGUAACUCCAGCCUGAGCGCAGACUUGUAUGAUGCGGGUUUCACAAACAUCACCAAUAUUGACGUCUCCGAAGUGGUCAUCAAGCAGAUGCAGAAAAUACACUCCAAAAGAUCCUCUAUGAAGUACAUUUUGAUGGACGCUUUAAACACAAUGUUUGAUAAUGAACAGUUUAAUGUGGUCUUAGAUAAGGGUACGUUAGAUGCGUUGAUGCCUGAUGAUACCCAAGAAACACAUGACACGAUAGAUAAAUAUUUUGGUGAGGUUAAAAGGGUUUUAAAGUUGGGGGGCAGGUUUGUGUGUAUUUCUCUGCUGCAGAGCCAUAUCCUGGCCAAGUUGUUGAAGGUGUUCUGUGACAAGUCGUGGAUGCUGCGCGUGGUGCGGUGCCAUGAGGCUGAACAGAAGAAUGCGGAGAGUGGGGAUGGCACCACAUUGCCUGUGUUUGUUGUUGUUGCCACUAAGUUCAAGGAGAUGCCUCAGAUGAUCCUAGAGGUGUGCCUGGCAGGAGACAAGAUGAUCCGGCUGAAGACAGCGGAGGAGCUGCGGGAGUGCAUCAAGUCUGCACAGGACACGGCCUUCAUCACCAAUGGACUGUCACGGACCACGCUCGAUGAUGGUGAUGAAGAGGUAUGCAUAGACCUAAUGCGUCCGGGCGAGGCCUGCCCGCGCUACACGGUGCACGUGGUGGAACAGAAGCGCACGCAGCCCGUCAACAAGUACGCCGUGUUCAUCGUGCCGCAGGGACGCGAGUCCGAGUGGCUAUUCGGCACACCAGCCGGGCGGCGACAGCUGCAGUCCUCGGCCAAGUUCGGCCGCCUCGCCGUGGUGACCCUCCACCGGGGGCAGCAGUUCCCCUCACUAGACGCCGUGAAGGACGAGCUCGCCGACGCAGCUAAGAUGCUGACCCCGCCUGGAUACACGGGACAGAUCCCGUUCCUCUCCCUAGGCUCGGACGUGGGCCGGCGACUGACGGUGGCGUCGGGCGCGACCGCCACGUCCGGGCAGUACGUCGUGGAGGACGUGGCCGUGGCGGGAGACACGCUGCGGCGGCUCGUGUUCCUGAGUAAUCAGAUGCUGGUGCAGAGCGAGGCGAAGGUGCGGACUGCGACAUCGAAAAACAAGCCGAAAACCGUCAUAGACUACGGCCACAUAUCGCUCUACCACGCAUUCAUGUGUGUCGCCAUGCAACUAGCCCACACAUCCACUCCAAACCCUCAAGUAGCCGUUUUAGGCCUGGGUGGGGGCAGUCUGUGCAUGUUUCUGCGGAAGUGUUUCGCAAAAAUACAGAUAACAGCUGUGGAUAUUGACGCCGCCAUGUUGGAACUAGCGCGGGAACACUUCGGCCUGCGAUUGGACGAGCAGCUGCGAGUGGAGAUUAAAGAUGGCGUCGACUUUCUGAAGGAGGCCGCUGAGAGUGGCACCCAAUACUCGGUGAUAAUGUUCGACAUGGACAGCAAGGACUCGCGCGUGGGGCUCGCCUGCCCGCCUCCGCAGUUCCUGCAGGAUGAUGUGCUGACCCAUGUGAAGACUGCUCUGUGUAGUGACGGCCAGUUCAUCAUCAAUCUGGUAUGCCGAGACAAUUCCUUACACGAAUCCCUAAUACAGAAGAUAAAGCAACAUUUCCAACACAUAGUCACGGUAAAACUAUGCGAGGAAGUGAAUGAAAUCAUCUUCGCCACAAAUUCCAAGCAGGUUUACACUACUGAGGGCCUAGAAGCUGCAAUAAAGAGGUUGAAUGCGACGGCUAGAGAAAGGAAUCUGGUGAAAAUUAAGUGCGUCGAUUUAACAGACUUUUUGCAGUCUGUUGCUAUUGUUUCGUAGUUCAUACAUAUUUUUGUUAAGUAGAUGUGUACAACAAUAUUAUGUUCAUUGGGUUUGAGACUGUAUAUUUUAAUUAAAUUAAUGUACAAUAGAGUCUCAGCUCCAUUGAUUAACGUAUUGUCUAUUUUUCUAUCAUUUAAGUGAUCUAUUUCUAUUUAAGUAUGUAAUGUAUGUAUAUAAUAUUACGUAAAGUUAAGAAAUGAAACGAGUAAAUAUAACUUGACGCAUUUAAUGCCA